CAGCCAGAGAAUGAGAGAGAGAAAGGAAGCAAAACGGUUUUUGACCAUCCAUGGUGAUCGUCUCUUUCUUUCUUUCGUCUCCCUCACUCCACUUAAGCUUCUCAUCUCUCUCACUCUUAUCAUCUCCUGAACCGCUAAUGCGUAACCAGAAGCUUUAACGCAAGAGGGUGUGAGAAAAACACCGAAGAUAUGAAGAUUCUUGUGGUGCUUCUCUUUCUCUUCUUCUCCAUGUUUCUUACUCUCAGCUCUGCAGAUCAUUCCUCUUCUCCCUCUGUUAACAAAUCCACGUGCCCUUUGGAUCUGAACUAUGUGCUCAGAAUCCCGUGGAACUCUUCCAUGUGCCAAAAUUUCCAUCCUUUGCAAACCUUAAAUGACACUCGAGGAAGCCAUUGUUGCCAAACUUUACUGUCCCUAAUUGGCAUAGGGCUUGCUCAAUACCUUAAAGAAGCCUCCAUGUUCAACCUUCCUGAUCUUCGUACCUCCAAUUCUUGCCUCCAUGACUUCCAAUCCAAGCUCUCUUCCCUCUCUCUGCCUGAUGACCUCACCUCAGCUUGCUUCGACCCGCUUCAAUUUGUGGUUAGCCCUAACGUCUGCGCGAAAAUCCAAACGAUUCCUGAUUGGAUCGGAAAGCUCGGACAAACUACGCCGCUUAACCAGGGAUGCAAACCGGACCUUACUGAUCUUACUCUAUGCGGUGCGUGCGUGGCGGCGGGUUUUCAGGUUCAGCAGGAACUUACAAACAUUGAUGGUAACUCUUCCCACGCCACAAAUUGCUUUCACUUCGCUAUAUUGUAUGCCGCUGGUAUUGUGAAUGAGUUUGGACCGGAGAGUAAUGGCGCUGUGACUUGCAUUUUUGGCAUGUCGGUUUAUCCGACUUUGGACUCUGGAGAAAAUGGUCGCCAUCAAGCUCUUGUAUUGGGGUUAACUGGAGCUGGGGUUGGGUUAUUAGUCAUGUUCACUUUGUUGGGUCUGUAUCUAUGGUAUGAUAGGAGGUGGAGAAGGAGAAAACAGGAGAGCUUUCGGUUUGAUAUUGAUCCUGAAGAGCAAGGAUCUAGGCCUAGAUUGAGGCCAAAUACUGGGUCAAUCUGGUUUAAGAUUGAGGAGCUUGAGAAGGCCACUAAUGGUUUUUCAUCUAAAAACUUCAUAGGAAGAGGUGGGUUUGGGAUGGUUUACAAGGGAACUUUGGCUGAUGGAUCGGUGGUAGCAGUUAAGAGGAUUUUGGAAUCUGAUUUUCAAGGGGAUGCUGAGUUCUGCAAUGAGGUUGAGAUUAUUAGUAAUCUGAAGCACCGUAAUCUGGUGCCACUUAGAGGGUGUUGUGUGGUUGAGGAGGGCGAGAGUUAUGAUGAAAGAGGUCAAAGGUAUCUUGUUUAUGACUACAUGCCAAAUGGUAAUCUUGAAGAUCAUCUCUUCCCAUCAUCAGUGGGCAAUCAAAAUGAAAAUAGAUCAUUGACUUGGCCACAGAGAAAAAGCAUAAUCGUGGAUGUGGCAAAAGGAUUGGGUUACUUGCAUUAUGGAGUUAAGCCUUCAAUUUAUCACAGGGACAUCAAGGCCACCAAUAUACUGCUUGAUGCAGAUAUGAGGGCAAGAGUUGCAGAUUUUGGGCUUGCUAAGCAGAGCAGGGAAGGUCAGUCUCAUCUCACUACUAGAGUGGCUGGAACUCAUGGAUAUCUAGCCCCUGAGUAUGCACUAUAUGGUCAGCUUACUGAGAAGAGUGAUGUCUAUAGCUUUGGUGUGGUUGUUUUGGAGAUAAUGUGCGGGAGAAAAGCUCUUGAUUUGUCUUUAUCAGGAUCUCCAAGGGCAUUCUUAAUCACAGAUUGGGCAUGGUCCUUGGUGAAAUCUGGGAACAUAGACGAGGCUUUGGAUGCUUCCCUUCUAAAAGAUGGCGAUUGUCCUAGUUCUAAUCCUAGGAGCAUAAUGGAAAGGUUUUUGCUUGUGGGAAUUCUAUGUUCUCAUGUGAUGGUUGCUUUGAGGCCAACAAUUUCUGAAGCUUUGAAGAUGUUGGAAGGUGAUGUUGAAGUUCCAGAAAUCCCUGACCGGCCUAUGCCUCUUGGACACCCGUCAUUUUACAAUGAUGGUAACAAUACAUUUAGCAUAUCUCCAGCGUUAAGUGGCCCAAAAUUGCGCAGUGGAGACAUGCUCAGGUUCAUGGGAAAUAUUUGAGCACUUCAAAAGGAUCUGAGGGCCUAGAUCUAACUUCCAAAACCUUUUAUUUCUCUUCAUUUUCUUUUCAUAUGUCAGCUAUAAACAAACAGGUCAAGCUUUUUUUUUUAUUUUUAUUUUUUUUGGUUCUCAACUUUGUUUCAUCCAUUCUUUUUGUUAUUUUUGGGAGAGUAGUUUAGAACCUUUAGAUGGCUUUCUGCAGGCUUGUAAAUAUAUGUCGUCUGAGCAUAUAGAAGUUACAAGCAGAAUUAAACUUGCAACUUCCCACUUACCAAGGAAUUUAUAUGCCAUUAUUAUAAAACCAUUAACAGUUAUACA